GCCGAAUAUAUGUGUCUGGUCGCGAGCAGCGGCAGACACGCAGGAGCUGCCGGACCCGCGACACACGCACGCUCGAAAACUCCUGGGCAUAAUUGAAAAUCUGCAUUACAUUUAUUAUCUCGAGAAAAAGUGGUGGUGCCUCUCUGAUUGCGGGCAAGGGCGGAGCUACAGUUGCGAGAGUUGGUGCAGAGGUCGGUCGGACGGAGAUGCGGCGCCGCUCAAUCGUCGCUGCCAUGUCGGGCUUCUUGUACACGCUGCUGGGGCUGACCGUGGGCAGCAGUCUGCACUGCGCCCAGCGACCCCAAAUCUCGCCGUGCACCUGCUUCAGCGGCAAGGAGCUGAACGUCGCCUGCGAACGCAUGACCUCGUUCGCCGACGUGCACCAGGCGCUCAAGGGUCACUUUGCCGCCGACAAACGCCUCACCCUGCGCAUCACCCACUCCACGCUCGACGACCUCGAGGCCCCCGAAGGCCUCGGAUUCGCAGAUCUUGGCAUCUGGGUCAACAAACUCAACAUCAGCGAAAACAACCUCAGAUCCCUGCGUUCUGACGCGUUCCUGUCAAUGGGGAAUGUGACUCUCUUUAACCUGGCAAACAAUCUGCUGACGGAGAUUCCGUCCGACACCUUGGCUCACAUGCCGAAGCUGAGAACACUGACUUUGGGAGGCAACCGGAUCCAUCAGUUGUCUAAUGAUGCUUUUGAAGAUUUGCACAACUUAAAAAGCCUGGUUCUGAGCGACAACGAGAUAACUGAGGUCGGAUCCAAGACGUUUCCUCCGAAGCUGCAGCGACUCGCGAUAGCGCGCAACAAAAUCACCACUGUCAACGGAUCCCUCAGGGAUUUGAGCGAUCUCGAGUGGCUGUUCAUUGAGCAAAACGCGCUGACGAGUCUGGACGGAGAACUGCCGGCGUCGAGCAAACUGGUGCACCUGAAUGCGACACACAAUCUGCUGACUUCGGUGCCCGAGGACCUCUACCUGCAAAGCGCCAUGGAUAAACUGCUUCUGAGCCACAACGAAAUUUCAGCUCUGAGUGGUUCAAUCAAAAAGUUGAGGCGCCUCAACCACCUUAGUCUCACAUACAACCAAAUCGAUUCGCUCAAUGAGGAUGAAUUUUUGGAGUGCGAGAAGCUGCAAUAUUUGUACCUAGGCCACAACAAGAUCACCGAACUGAACGGCGCCCUUCGUCCUUUGCGCGCAGUCGUGCGGGUUUCUCUGCACCAUAACCUCCUCACCGAAUUUGACCUAUCUCAGGUUAGAGGUUUGAAGACGUUGCAGGAGUUGGACCUCAGGUACAACAGGAUCAAUAGGCUGCUUAGCCGUGUUGAGAUGCAAAACGUGGUUGAGUCAUUGGACAGUCCAAACUUAAACGAGCUGCGUCUGGGACACAACGAGCUUUCCACGUUGGACGGUUUUCUGCUUGGCCUGAGGAGCCUGCAGAAUCUCGACCUGAGCCACAACAGAUUGCGUCACUUGCCGCCAGACGAGCUGGUCGGUCUGGAUAACCUGAAGUUCCUCGACAUCAGCCAUAACCAAAUUUCAACACUGGCAGACACGUCAAAGAAAUUGCUGCCUUCACUGGAAAAUCUGCUUGCUGGCCACAACGACUUGAAGGUUUUAGACAAUGAUCUUCAUGGUUUCCCGAAGAUUUGCUUUGUGGACUUGUCGCACAACAAGAUCACCACCAUAGGCAAUGCCGUGGCCGCAAAGAGCUCCUGCUUACACAAGGACGUUAUUGCCACACUGCGUAUUUUCCUCCAAGGCAACGAAAUUGAAUGCACCCAAGAGCUGGCCAUCGCUAAGGAGAUAAAUGAGGGUUACCGCUCCGAGUUUGUUGGAGUCCCCGAAUGUGAAAAGUUUGCAUUGCCACCUGUUGUACCUUCUGCGGCUCCAACCCUAGUGGUGUCCCCUCCCCUGGCAAGCAUUCCCGAGAUUCUGGAGGUGAAGAAGCUGGAGGUGGCCGAGGAGACGGUCAAACGACAGCCCUUCAUGGACGAGCUGAACGAGGCGGCCUAUCUUGCCGAGCCGAUUUCGGAGCGGGAAAAUGAUGAGCGUCCUGGAGGGACAGUUCUGCAAAUGGGACCACUCCUGCAAGCGCUCGUCGCCAGCAGCACGCCGCCGGCAGAAUAGCACAAAAUUUCAUGGGAAGAGUCUAGUAGAAAACUUUUCAUACCCAGUCAUACUCUGAAGAAAUAAUUAUUUAAACAAUUUAACCCACAAUUAUUAGUUUUUCAGCCAAACUGCCUCUCUGGCUCUAUAGUUACAGAGAAACACCAGCCAAAUGUAGAAAAUUUCCUGUAGUUCUUAGCUCCAUCUAAUUAUAGCUCAUUAACUCAAUAUGUAUUGGAAAGUUAGUUUUUAUUCGCAGGAUACAAUUUUAUUUUUAAUCCUAAGACGACUUGGAGUUUUUUUUUUAAUCUGGCAUAUUUCAUAUCAUAAAAAAAAAAAAUAGGAAAUAACUCUGGAAACUGUUAAAAAAAAACAAAGAGACGGUUUUUCUAUCACUUACGAAAAAUAAGAU